UAGUUCUCGCAGUCCGAGACGGAACUGGUCGCCGGGCUUUGCGAGCGGAGAGGGAGGCGUGCUGCGGAGCGGUGGUCCCGGGGUGGCACUCCCGUGAAGAACUGAUCAGAAACAGGAAAGGAUCCUGGAGGAAUUUCAUAAGGAAGAAGAGGGGCUUUCAGAUAGUUUAAAUGUCUUCAGAAGACAAAGAAUCUCAGGAGGAUGAACUUCUUGCUUUGGCAAGUAUUUAUGAUGAAGAUGAAUUCAAGAGAGCACAAGGUGUACAAGGAGGAGAAACUCGAAUCUCUGUGGAUGUGCCUCAGAAUUUCAGAGUAUCUCUGAAUGGCAAUUUCACAGAGACUCUUCAAAACAGCAAGCUUGAAUAUGCAGUCAGCUUUCUGCCUCCAGUAGUGCUGAAUUUUGAAUUCCCAGCAGACUAUCCUUCAACUUCCCCACCUCUGUUCACUCUCAAUUGCAAGUGGCUGUCUCAGGCUCAGCUGAGUGCCCUUUGCAGGAACCUAGAUAACUUAUGGGAAGAAAACAGAGGUUCUGUAGUCCUGUUUGCCUGGAUGCAAUUUCUCAAAGAAGAGACACUGGCCUAUCUGAAUAUCACUUCCCCUUUUGAACCAGAGAUAACCAAACAAGAAAAACAGCCAAAGGAAGAGGGUGCUAGCUAUGACAUCCAGGAUGCUGCAUCAGCACAUGGAGAAUCCUCUAAUACAAUUACUGAAGAGAAUGUUGAAUCUUUGUCAAUCCUGAUUAAGGAAAUUUUAGACUUUGAUCAGUCCCAAAAAGAGAAGGAAUUCAACUGUAAAAUGUUCACGUGCAAUAUCUGUUUUUCGGUAAAACAGGGAAGUGAAUGUAUGGACUUUAAAGACUGCAGGCAUGUGUACUGCAAGAUUUGCGUAAAGAACUAUUUUGAAAUUCAAAUCAAAGAUGGACAGGUCCAUUGCCUGAAUUGUCCAGAACCUCAAUGUUCAUCUGUUGCCACUCCUGGGCAGGUGAAAGAGCUGGUGGAAGAGAAGCUGUUUGCACUUUAUGACCGCCUGCUGCUUCAGUCAAGUUUGGAUUUGAUGGCAGACGUAGUCUAUUGCCCACGUCCAAGCUGCCAAACCCCAGUGAUGCAGGAUCCUUCUUGCACAAUGGGCAUCUGUUCACGAUGUAACUACGCAUUCUGCACUUUGUGUAAAAUGACCUAUCAUGGAGUUUCCCCAUGUAAAGUCACUGCAGAGAAGCUAGCAGAUUUACGCAAUGAAUAUCUUGAAGCAGAUCAAACUACAAAACAAUUUUUGGAGAAACGCUAUGGCAAAAGAGUUAUUCAAAAGGCCUUAGAGGAGAUGGCAAGUAAAACAUGGCUAGAAUGUAAUUCCAAAUCGUGUCCCUGCUGUGGAACUCCUAUUGAGAAGUUAAAUGGCUGUAACAGGAUGAGAUGUACUGCUUGCAUGCAAUAUUUCUGUUGGCUUUGUAUGGGUGCUUUAUCAAGGAUAAAUCCAUACCAGCACUUUAAUGAUCCAGGCUCACCAUGCUUUAACCUGCUAUUUCAAAUGAUGGAAAUUGAUGAAUAAUUUUGGAAUGAAGAGGAUGAUUAUCUUUAGCCAGAAUCAAAAGCUAAAGAAAUGAAGAUGUGCCAUGCAUGUUCAAGUUACUUUGAUUGUUGAUAGAUGAGACACCAGAAAUCAGCUCAGAUUAGCUGGAAAACUGUUUUUGUUCGCUAACACUAUUUUCAUGGAUGUUAUCUUUUAAUUUUCAAAAGCACUGAACAUUUAAAGAAGGACAUUAAAAUUUCACAGUGUUUUUUUUUUUUAGUUAGCACCAUUAUCACUAAAACUGUUCCAAGUGGAAAGCAGUGGAAUGUAAGCAAUUGUUUGCUGUCCUUGUCCAAGGAGCAAAGUAUAUGGUAGAAACAUGUGAUUUCUCCAUGCCCUGAAAUUCUUAACACUUUAUCGUGUUAGCAUGGAUAAGAUGCUGCCUGAGAGUCUCUUGGGUACUGAUUAUCGUGACAUGGAUGGAAAAUGGAGUUUAAAAGGCAAGGUUCAAUGAAAAAGAAGAUACUAGGUGCAAAUAACGGGUCUGUACUUUGAGGCAUCUACAGUACCCUAUCACAUUUGUGGACAAAUUACUGGUCUUCUGGGCUUAUUAGUUUGUCUGAAAAACAGAUAUUUGCAAAUGGCUGCCUUUAGCCGUAACAGACAUUUUGUAUCCUUCAGUUUCCACAAAAAUACAGUACUGUUGGAGGUCAGUUCUUGGAACCAUUGUUUGAUAAUCUCCCUUGUUUGCGACAUUCAAAUUUGCAAAAAAAAUAUAUGCUUGCCCAGAGGAGAUUGGGAAGAAAUAAUUUUAGGCCAGAGUGACAUGAGAUUGUCUGCUCUUCCUAUCUGCAGUGUGUUAAGCAUGAACUCUAUGGUUAUAUAUAUAGAAGUUGGAAAUACAAUAUUCCUACCAACUUUGAGGUUUUUAUAGAUAAAAGUUAGUAUUUCAACUUCCAUUACAAACUGGAAGCCAAUGAAUUUUUUUUUUAAUGCAAGCCCAAAUGCCAAGAACCCUUCUACUGGCCACUUAGAGUACAGAGAAGGAAGAGAACAGUAUGUCUUUCUGCACUCUUAGAAGCUUCCCACUGUAAUACCUUCCAGACUGAAUUAUAAUUCACAGAAUUUCUAGCAAAAGUCUGUCAGAUUGGGAAAAGGUGACUUGGGUAAUAAUGGAGAACAAGAACCAAGAGGGGAUGGUUUCCCCACAAUACAUAAUUUACCACCUUAGAGAAAUCUGAUAUUUCCACAUUAAGAGUUGAGGUGAAAGAGUGCUUUUCAUUUGGUUUUUUUUUUCAGUUCCUGAAAAGGCUACAUUUUCAUAAAAUCCAAUUCUUACAAAAUAAAUAUACCCCAAAUUGUUUAUAAUCAUUUGUGUGUUUAAUAUGCAAAAAUUAAUGAAAAGUUCAUAGCCUGCAGAUUUUUCCCCCCCUACACAUAAUCUAAUGUUGAAAUCUCCAUCCUGGAAAUUCUUAAACCCAUAUUUUUAGAAAAUGAGGUUGCUGUUACCUCAUUUGGUCUAAAUUCUUAAAACAGCGAGGAACCGAAGUGUAAUUAGCCCCGAAUUACUUGAAAUUGCUUGAUGCAGUUGCAUCCAUUCUUACUCCUACACCUGGUGG